GGACAAAUGAGGCAUCACAGUAACAUCCUACUGUAUUCAUUUGGUGCAGGCAUAGACUGUAUAUGUGCAGGAAGGACUAUCCUGUCUUGAACAGGUCUCUAAACACCAGCAGCAGCAGGAACAUUCAGAUAUGGUCAAAUUUGUCACCAAUUGACUCCCAUAAAUAAUAUUUGCAGCAACCGCAUGACGUCAUUAAUAGGCGACUUUUAUUUACUUCUGGUCCAGUUCGCCGCUGCUGCUCCGCCGCUGCAAUGGAAGUAAACAGGGACGAAGCGGAGCGAUGCAUCGACAUCGCGACCGCCGCGUUGACUGGCGGCCACCCGGACAAGGCGCAGAGGUUCCUGGAGAAGGCGCAGAGACUCUUUCCCACGGAGAAAGCGAAGGGUGAGUUUCAAAGAUGGCAGAGCCGGAGGAACAGGGAGAGGUGCUCCGCAUCAUCAGCGGCCAGCAGCAUCACCUGCAUCCCGGAUGAGCUCUGCGGCGCAUUUAGCAGGGCCCUGUGAUAGCAUCGAGGCUAGCAGGAGAACAAUUGGUUAGAAUAUCGACGUUUCCUGACGAAUUAAAACAUUACUGCUGCUAUAGUUGUUGUUUACAGCAUAUUUUCUAUAAACAGAUGUCUAUAUUUGAAAGCCAAGCCUCAUGAGUCAGAUAGUAUUAGUAGAAAAUGGGAUUGAGGACCCCCUAUACAUCAAGAUCCUGCAAAGCUUUAGCCAUGCACUUAACAUGAAUUAUGAUUAUUAAGUGAAAAAUUCAAAGAUAAUGUGAGCAGUCAUCUUUCCAUCUGCCUAUAUGAUUAGGAUUUUCAGUAACAUGCCUUAUUGUAUUGUCUAAUGAAAGGGUCCUUAUGUAAUUGUGAUAUUUUACAGUUAUUUUGCACCCCCACCCCAGUCAAACCUUUCUGACCCUUUCUUCCAGUACUUCUAGAGCUUAUAGCAAAGAAUGGAUUCACACCGAGACAAGGCGGUCAUCCAGACUCGAAUGGGGUCUCUGGGCCCCGGCAUCGGCAGACCACCAGUGAAAACACUAGACCUGAAGAGAAGGGGUCAGAGACAUCAAAACCUUACACAGCAGAUCAGCUAGAUGCUGUGAAGAGGUAGGGCUGGUAGUAGUAGGGGAGAGUGGGGUAAGUUGAGCCAAAGGGUAAGUUGAGCCACCCCCUGUUGCUUAGAAAUGGUAAAAGAAAUUGAUCAUGUGACCAAAUAUUUAGGAGAUGGGCAUCAAUUCAUGGAGUCCAGGAAGGUUAGAAGCACAUGGGGGAAGAGGUUAGACAUUUAUUUCCAAAAAAAAAAAAAAAAACGUUUUUCACUCUUGAAAGUGAAUUUAGUCUGUCAUAAGUUUUAUUAAAAUUGUGUUCAGACCAAAAAAGAUCAUUUUAAAUUUGUUUUAUACAUCAAUUGUGGUAUCUAUGAGCUACAACAUGAGGUCAAAAACCUAGCAUAAAAGUCCACCAUUUGAGCUUAGAGGACCAAUAAAGUCAUCAUAGUAGUUCAGGGGUAGGUUCAAUGGCUCAUCUUACCCCGCUCCUAUGGUCAACUUACCCUAUACACGGACUAAAUUGAUCAUAGCUAUACCUAGCAUACUCAUCCUCUAUACAACACCUUAUACUGAGAGUCAUUUAUACUCUUGCAGGAUAAAACACUGCAAAGAUUUCUAUGAAAUUCUUGGGGUCCAGGCAGACGCCUCUGAGGAUGAACUUAAAAGAUCGUACAGAAAACUCGCUCUGAGAUUCCAUCCAGAUAAGAACCACGCUCCAGGUGCUACAGAGGCUUUUAAAGGUGAGCUUUAUAUCAGCUUUAUCUUCACUAUUACAGGCAGACAGUGUCUUCGAGUCCUCGAUUUUGACACACAUACAUCCUUAUUUCCCCUUUUUUUGUAGCUAUUGGAAAUGCAUAUGCUGUACUGAGUAAUGCAAACAAAAGAAAACAGUAUGAUCAGUGUGAAGAAGAGAGGAGGCACCCUUCAGGACACAGCCCAGACACUGAAAACUUUGAGCCAGAUAUUUCACCUGAAGACCUUUUUAACAUGUUCUUCGGUGGCGGUUACCCAACAAGUGAGUGUCCUUGUUUGUGCUCUCAUGCAAGGAUUAUGAUAUGAAUUUUUUCCUGUGUGAAAGUGUUUACUAUCAGUGUAUCAAGUGCUUAAUGUGCUGCAUUAAUCCAGGUAAUGCUAAUAUGUAUCCCAAUGGGCGAAUGCGUCACCCAAGACGGGAAAGAAGAGAGCGACAGCGAGAUGUAAGUUUUAUGUUCUUGUAACAGUUCCUGCAGACUGUAGAUGUAAAAAUAAUGUAGGGUGUUUGUCAGACAGCAGGGGGAGACAUUGAGUCAUCUGUAAUCAAUGUUUUUGGUGCAAUCAGCAGAAUUGAAUUGUCGUCUCUUUGCAGGGGGGGCUUGCUCUCUUUGUGCAGGUCAUGCCCAUCCUCAUCCUGGUUAUUGUGUCAGCUCUCAGUCAGAUCAUGGUCAACAGCCCCCCCUACAGCCUCAGCUACAGACCGUAAGUGUGAUCCCUGCUCUGAACGCCUCCUCACAAAGGAUAUCAAAUUACAACAAUAAAUGCUUUGCAAAUUUCUAGUAGACUAAGCUAUAAUGUAAAGUGGGUGUGUUGUUAUGCAAAAUAGAAUCCCAACAGGGUGAGGCAAGACUCUGAAACGAAGGGAGUCUAUUUUGCAUGUACACCUGGCAUCAUUAUUUGGCUAAGAGGGAAAGGUACAAACAAAUUAACGCCAAGUAUUGAUUUUAAAAUGAUUCACGUGUACUGCUAAAAAAAUCAGUCCUUUAGUUGACAGAUUGUAGUGCUUCCAUGGUAACAGUAUUCUCAUUGUCAGGUGAAAUGAACUUCAAACAUUUACGAUAAAGUCACAGUUGGCAUGUUUUACUGUUAUAAACCACAUUAAACACACUUUCAUGCAUGAUAAAGUGAAAAUAUCAGCAUUUUUCUUUUAGGAUUUGCAUUACUCACAGACACAGAAAAUAAUAAGACCUUAAAAGUCAAACUCAGCGUUAUUUAUAUGGCACUUUUCCGACAAAAAAAAUGUAGUUCAAAGUACCUCACAGAGGUUAAAAACGAGUAAACAACAAUAAAACCCGAACCUCCCACCCACACACCCAACCAUGGACCCACACACACACCCUCACUCCCCCACACACGUGCACACAGAGUGAGAACUUAAGAUAUAUUGUUAAAGAGACAUGGCCUGACACCGAGACAUUGCGUGAGAAAAGAGCUACCUUUAGGAAACACUGGAAAUACAAUUAAUAAAUACAAUUAAAAUUUAAAAAAAUAAAUAGAUAAAAAAUGGUAAAAAAAAAAAAAAAAGACUAAAACAAGAAAAAAAAAAAGAAAAAAUAAGUAGGAGCUCUUUACCAUAUAAAAAGGGUAAAAGAAGUAAAAACCUCUAAGGCGGGAGUUAAGAAAAAGACUAAGAACAGAGAUAAUUAAUAAAAUCACAUAAAAGAAAUGUUAAGAACUUCGAUUAAAUGAACAUUUGCAAUAAGAGAAAUAUGAAAAGUCAAUCAGUGAGAAGCCCUUAUACUGCCUUAGUCUGUUAACAGACCUCAUCUGUGUUUGGAACACUCAGCAUGAAGUCUGCCUGUACAUGUGUGUACAUUAUGACCCAUGUGCACGCCACAGUCAAUCAUGAGUCAUGUUUACAGAGACAGACGGUGCCAGAGCCGUCAUCCUCGCACUUCUCGCAGUCACAUGAUACCUCUCCCACAUUUGCUCCUAUCUUCUGGCAGGUCAGCAGGUUACACGCAGAAGAGGCUGACUGAGAACCUGAAGGUGCCAUAUUAUGUGGGGGAGCAGGUCUCCAAAGAGUUGAACGGAGGGAAUCUGAAGAAUUUGGAGCGAACAGUUGAAGAUGAUUAUAUUUCCAACCUGCGUAACAAUUGUUGGAAGGAGAAACAACAAAGUAUGAUUGCCGGAGAAAUAAAUGUUUAUGUUUUAUGUAAACAGCCAAUAAUAAGAGUCAUUUUCUCCAAUACAGCUAUAUGAGAACUGACUUAUGUUUGGUGAACUGUCUUUUUUUUGCAGAGGAGGGUAUGCUCUACAGAGCUCGCUAUUUUGGGGACACUGAUCUGUAUCAGAGAGCUCAGAGGGCUCGCACACCAAGCUGCGCCAAGCUCUCAGAGAUCACAGCUUCAUUACACGGAUGAGGCUCCUUUCAUCAUUCAAAAGCAAGUAAUUCAGAGAUGUUUUCUUAAACUGCGUAUUUCAUUUUUUAUUUACAAAGCAAACUUACUAUGUUUGUUUUUUCUCUCCAGGUUUCCAGAAUCAACACUAAAGAUAAUCAGCUGUAAAUAAAUGAGCUUUAAAUAUCAGGAAACUGAGGAUAAUCUACAAGCAACUUGAACAAACCAGCAGCACUCUGCAUCAAAAAUACCAUAUGAAUGGUUUCAACACUGGUUAAAACCAUUUCAGUGGAACUCAAGUCUGUGAAAUCAAAAUAUAAAGUUAUUUUAGUGUUUUUUAAAGAAAAGGAGAAGCCACUGAAAACAACUUGUCCUGGUGACGAGAUAGUGGUUUGGAUGACCUCCAAGCCCCAGUUCUGACUGAGAGCCAUGAUGAAGCAGGCCUGGUCCUCUUCAUAGUUAUUUUCUUUUUUUGCAGACGCAGUAAAAAAAAAACAGAACAUAGAUCUAGUUGUUCAGAUGUUAUUUAUGUAGCAGCUGAUUAGUAACCACAGCGAAGGCUUCCUCUUUUUUUUGCCAUCUGAUCAGCAGAGGAGACAAGUCUGAGGGAGAUUUGCUGUUUUUGCUUCAAAUGCACAUUCUGAAACUAUGCAGGAAUAAUGUGAAACCUCUGAUGAAUAUAUACUCAUGUCUAGGUUUAUUAGACACUUGAACACCUUAUUUGUCUUCUGCUGCUGUGUGUGUGUGUGAGACAACAUUUAGGAAAUGUCCCUUUACACUUUGCCUCUAUAACUGUAUUACAGAUAGAAAAGCUUAGAGUAUAUUUGUGGUUAUUCACAAUAACAACAAAGAGAAUAAAUAGACAUAGAACCCAAAAAAGUGGGACUGUAAGUCCUGGUUUUCAGCCAAAUGUCUCUGAUGAAUGCCUACUGGAUUAAGCAUUUUUGUCACACUGUUUAUGUUAAUAGUAUGCUAUUUAUUUUUAGAGUUAUUUAUUUAAAAAAUGUAUUAUCAGACUAAGAAAGUAAUUCAAACCUUGCUCACUUUUUCCACCCAGUUUUUACUCCCAGAUGAAAAAUAAAAUAUGGAUGCUUAAAACGUGCUG